AAAGCGAAAUAUAUUUAGAGAGAAACUGCUUUGUCCUUUCUUCCUGUUGAAGAGAUUAGUAAUAACCAAAAAUGGGGAGAGAAGUAUCAGAAAGCUGCAUUGAUAGCCUACUAAUCGAAAUGGUUUCCACAUAUUGCAACCGUUUUUACGCCAAUAAGCCUGAGCUCGCUGCUCGUCGGAUCGAAGCCAUUGGGUAUCAGGUUGGCCACCAGCUCUCUGAACGGUACACGAUGGAGAGGCCACGUUUUAGUGAUCAUUUAGAGGCAAUCAAGUUCAUCUGCAAGGACUUUUGGUCUGAACUCUUUAAGAAGCAGAUAGACAACUUGAAGACAAAUCAUAGAGGUACCUUUGUAUUGCAAGAUAAUCGUUUUCGUUGGCUUACACGCAUGUCAAUUGAUCAAUCACCUGAAAAUGGAGCAUCUGAAGACCCUUCUAUCAUGGCUGAUGAGAAGGCUGUGGAAAGCAUGCAUCUAUAUUUUCCAUGUGGAAUCAUCAGGGGAGCUCUUUCAAACUUGGGAAUACCUUGUGCAGUUUCCGCUGACAUAUCCAACCUUCCUGCAUGUUCAUUUGUUAUCCGAAUAAAGGCUUGAUGAACAUAUUAAAUGAAAUGGGGCACCAAUUAUUGGGUUUUCAAACAUACUCAUGAUGAAAGAAGAUGGUGAGAACUACUAGAGUCCCAUUUAGAAUAUAGAUGCUAUGGUUACUGUUUUUUUGUUUUUUUUUGGGUUUGUUGAUGUUAUGGUGUUACUUUUGAAGAAAUUAUGUGGCAAAUAGACAUUUGGAAUAUUUGUAUAUGGAUGUUGGUAAACCUUUGUUGUUGGUGAGAUUGCUUUAUUGAAUUUUUUUUUCUGUGCAUAUAA